AUGUUCGCUGAAACUACAGGUCCCUGGAUUCCGCUCGAGAGCAACCCGGAGGUUCUCAACCGGUGGGCAAACCAAGCGGGAUUAGUCGCCUCUCAGGCCCAAUUCGAAGAUGUCUAUGGACUCGACCCGGACCUCCUUGCACUGGUGUCCCAGCCUGUAAAAGCCGUCGUCCUGCUGUUUCCUAUAACGGAUGGGUACGAAGAACAGCGCAAGCUCGAAGACGCCCGCAUCGUAGCUCAUGGCCAGCACCCAGUCGAUCCAACCAUAUUUUGGAUGAAGCAGACCAUCAGUAACGCGUGCGGGACCAUGGGCAUCAUCCAUGCAGUAGCGAACUCGGACGUGACCCUCGCUCCUGAAAGUCCUCUAGCAGAGUUCAUUGAAGAAUGCCAAACCAAGACACCCGAAGAGCGAGCCAAGACCCUCGAGACCACGCCACUGUUCGCAAAGAUCCAUUCGCAGGCUGCGACCACCGGACAGAGCGCAGUGCCAACCGAUCUCAACACCAACCUGCACUUCACAUGCUUCGUGAAGGCGCCGGACCCACCGCGCAUCGAGGGUGUUGUGACCAAUGAGUUCGCUAGGCUCAUUGAACUGGACGGACGCCGGGCGGGCCCGGUCGACAGAGGUAUCUGCACAGACUUGUUGCAGGACGUCGCCAGGUUCGUGAAAGACUGCUAUGUCUCGCAGACGGCAAGCAUGCAGUUCAGCAUGUUAUCCCUGGGGCCGCCUCAGGCAGACUAG